CCACACAGCAGGAGAAGAUCAAAAGCCUCAAAACAAAGGACAAGCAAGCAUCAAAAAUUCAACAGAGUUCUUAACUGGUUUCACCAAAAAAGUACAGUUCUUGAAUGGAGUUGGUUGGGGGUUUUUACUGGCUUCUUCUACCCCACACCACACCACACCCACCAGAAAUCUUUAGUAGCCAUCACCCGUAUAAACCCCCAAAACCCCACAAAGUGAAUCAACGAGAUGAGCACAUUUGAUGCAUUAUCCGUCGUUUAAAGAGACCAACUGAAGUCGUUGCUGCUGUGGGCCUCAGCUUUAGCCAUGGGUUUGAUGCAAUAAUGAGGUCCCAGUUAUUGAUUCUUACCCCAUUUUAGCUACCAUGUCAACAAUAACUCUGAUUAUUAUGAAAUCAUGGGGUCCCAAGUACUACUCUCUCAUUGCAGGUCAGAAAGGGAGAUGCAUACCAUAAGUACCAACUCUCUUGUGUUUUUGGAAAAGAUUGUACUUUCUGUGUCUUUGGUUGAUUGAAGGAUGGGGAUGAUCAAGAGGGAAAGGGAAGAGACCAGCUGCUGUGGAGAAGAAGGAAGAACACAGCCUCUGCUCCUCCUUCCUUCAUCUUCUUCUCAGGAUCAUGAUGUUGAUGGUGGUGAUCGAAAUGCCCCUCUCACUCCAACCUUUCUUCUCAGCAUCUUCGCUGUUGCUUGUGGCAGCUUCUCCACUGGAUGCACUAUAGGAUAUACUUCUCCUGUUGAGUACCAGAUCAUUGAGGAAUUGGGCAUCUCAGUUGGACAGUACUCGGUUUCGGGGUCAAUGUUGGUUGUUGGGGGACUGGUGGGUUCUCUAGUUGGUGGGAAGAUUACAGAACAAAUUGGAAGGAAGCGUACAAUAUUGGUUCUGGAUGUACUGUUCAUAGUUGGAUGGUUGACUAUUGCAUCUGCAAAGGGUGCUCUACAGCUUGACCUUGGGAUGCUCUGGAUUGGAAUUGCAGCACCCAUCAAUCUUUAUCUGUCCCCCAUCUAUGUUGCAGAGAUCACACCCAGCAACCUAAGGGGAGCAGCUGUCUCAGUCACUCAGCUGAUAAUGUUUUGCAGCAUUGCAUUCGCAUUCACUGUGGGUUCAUUGAUCAGCUGGCGUGCCUUGGCACUAAUAGGAGCAACUACAUGUUUAGUGCAGCUUCUUUUUACUAUAUUCAUCAUUCCCGAGUCUCCUAGGUGGUUGGCUAAAAUGGGUAAGGAAAAGGAGUUUGAAGCUGCAUUGCUGCAGCUUAGAGGAGGAAAUGCUGAUAUCUCUUGGGAAGUUGAUGAAAUCAAGGAAUAUACCAAAACCAUCCAUAGCAUCUCUAAGAACAGCAGCAUCUUGGAUAUGUUCCAAAAACAAUAUGCAAUUCCUUUGAUAGUUGGCAAUGGGUUACUGAUGUUUCAGCAAUUUUCAGGGGUGAACGCGUACACAAUGUAUACUGGUGCCAUCUUUGUUUCUGCAGGAAUCCCCAGCACUGCUGGGUUCCUGGCAGUGGCAUCUUUCCAGGUUGUGGGAGCAUUUUUGGCAACAGCAUUGCUGGAUAGAUGUGGCAGAAGACCUCUUUUACUGGCUGGAGUUACUGGAACAUGCCUUGGGGGAUUGCUUACUACACUGUCAUUCAUCCUACAGGGCUUUGAGGGGUGGAGUAGAGUGACUCCAACUUUGACACUCCUAGGUGUAAUGAUAUACUCGGGAUCUUUUGCUGUCUGGAAUGGAAUUCCAUGGAUGAUUAUAGCAGAGAUAUUUCCUCUGAACAUCAAAGGCUCUGCAGGGACUAUGUGUUGUCUAUCCUACAAUAUAUCUGCACUUAUGGUUUCAUCCUCUUUCCAAACUUUGCUCCAAUGGAGCCCUCCUGGUACAUUUUUUGUGUAUGCAAGUGCAAGUUUCAUUGGAAUAGUGUUUGUAUCCAAGUUGGUUCCUGAAACUACAGGAAAAAGCCUUGAAGAACUCCAAUCCACUUUCACCCACAAGUGAACAAACAUCCAAAAUCUGGGGAGAAUAUUACUACUAUAUACUAUAAAAAAAAACCUGUUUUUAGCGGAGUGUAUUUACCUCAAUAAGUUAUUUAUGUGUCUUUAUAGUUCAAUAAUGACACAUAAAUAAAUAUGUGUUGCUUGCAACAGAUAGUUUUGUUGUCAAAUUACUAUUUUGUUGUCUUAUAUUCUCAAUUUGGUGGCAUAAGUACUUGUGUAUUAUGCUUGUAUUGUAUUGUACCAUUAUGGGGAUUAUUAUAUUAGCUUCCGAAAAGGGGACAAACUAUGGGGUCGUUUGGAAGUUGUGAUUGUUAAAUAGAUGUAUUGUUGAGAAUGAAUGUAAUAUUAUAUAUGUAUUGUCGAAUUUGAUGUAUUGUAGAAUACAACGUUUGAAAUGUG